GCGCACACAAUCAUUCUACAUUUCUUUCUCUUUUUGUGUUUUUCUCUGAUCCUUCUUGAUUUAUCACUGUAGCUUUCAGCAAUGGCCUCAGGUUCGACAUGGACACCGAAGCAAAACAAGUUGUUCGAGAAUGCUUUGGCUAUCUAUGACAAGGAUACACCGGACCGCUGGCACAACCUAGCCAGGGCAGUUGGAGGGAAAACCGUGGAGGAAGUCAAGAUGCAUUACGAGAAUCUUGUCGAAGACAUCAAGCAGAUUGAGUCUGGCCAAGUGCCCUUACCCCCUUACAAGAAAGCAGGAGGAAGCAAAGGAUACAGUUACAUGGAUGAAGAACAAAGGCUGAGGAAUCUCAGGCUUUAGUGGAGUAUACGAACCAGAACCGUACGUGGAAAACAAAGAUUAGCCCAUCAAUCUUGACCUUUAAUAAAGCAAAUGCAGCACUGAGCAACAAGCAACAAAUGUAUCGCCCUUAUUUCAUUUUCAUUCCUGAUCAUAGCUGUACCUUCCGAUACCUCCUUUAUAUGUAUAUGUGCUUCGUGUAAUGUACCAUGGAUGACUCAUAAACUCAUGGCAUUGGUACAUGACCCAAAGUUCCUUGUAUGCUCCUGUUUUUAAUGAAUAUCCUCAGAUUAAAUGUUGUUGUCUUCUA